AAAAACACAAAUUUUUAAUACUCCCGAUACAAUUUCGAUGAUUUUACAACAAAGGAAAUUCACGAUUGAGUGUCCUUGUAAUUUUUAAUAAUAUUUUGCAAUAAGCACUCGUAAAAGGUCUUUAAAAAUUGUUAUCGGAGAAGAUAAUAAAUUUUUACUCAAGUUUUAGCAUCAGUUGAAAAUUUCCUAUCAAGCCAAACAAUGAAUUCUGCAAAUCGUGCAACUAGAAGUGAUAUCGAGAAAUGGUUGGAGCACUUUUUCCUAAAAGAAAACGUCCGAAAUUUCCGUGUGAACAUUUCCGGGAGUUCUGAAAAAGGUGACAAUUAUUUAGGAGACAUAACUUUCGUGGAAAUUACCGCCGACACUGAAACCGGAACCAGAAAUUACAGCUUUGUGAUAAAAUGUGGCAAGAAGAGUUCGCAAUUGAGGGACAUCAUGCCUAUUAGGAGUGUUUUUGAAAAUGAGAUUUAUUUCUACACAAAAGUGCUGCCCGUGUUUGUGGAGUUUCAGCGGGAGAAAGGGGUCAAAGACCCUUUCAACAAUGUACCAAAGUGUUACGAUGCUUUUAUCAUGGAUGAUAUGGAAGUAUUAAUUUUGGAAAAUGUGAAAAGCGGGGGAUUUUCCUUGCAUGAUAGAUGCAACAGUAUGAAUAAAGAGCACAUUAUGGAAGUUGUUCAGACGUAUGGAAAAUUUCAUGCAGUUUCGUUUGCUUUGAGAGAUCAAAAGCCGCAACUAUUUAAAAGCUUGUCAAAGGAACUGAAAGAUAUUUUGAAACUUAUGGCAGAAUCAUUUAAAGGGAGAGAGGACACUAAUGUUUAUAAGGACAUCAUAGCGCUUGCCCGUGAAAAAAAUGAACAGGAAAUUAUUGAAAAAGCUGAACUUUUGCACAAACAGUCAAGAAAAUACAACGAGAUGACCGACCCCAGCGAUCCCUUCGCUGUGAUCCUUCACGGAGAUUGCUGGAAUAACAACUUUAUGUUUAAAUAUAAAGACGACAAGAAAAUGCAGUUAUCUGAAGUGUGUCUUUUGGACUUUCAAAUAAGCAGGUUAGCCUCCCCUGUUUACGACUUGUCUUAUUUCCUAUUCACCUGUCUUUCGAAAGACGACACCGAGCGAUUUGACGAUUUUGUCGGUGCGUACUACGAGAGUUUAUCCAAUUUCCUUAAAGAGUUGGGAAGUGAUCCGGAGAAAGUCUUUCCUUUUGAGGAGCUAAUGAAUCAGUGGAAGAGAUUCGCUAUGUUUGGACUGAUGAUGUUACCGGCAAUCGCUAGAAUAUGUGUGUCAGAAAAAGACGAAGUGAGCGAUUUGGCGGAAGUGGCGGAGUCCGAUCAGGACAUCACUGAGACUUUUACAAAAACGGUGAAAAAUCGGGACAAGUACGCCGAAAGGACUCUCCCGAUAAUGAAACUUGCAAUUAAAAAAGGGUUUAUUUAAAGAACAAAUCUGUAUUUUAAAAUAAAACGUUUUGUGGUUUUAUCGA